AUGCGUGAUUCAAAUUUUAGAGCUAUAUCAAGUAAUAAAGCUGCAGUUACAAUAACGACAAGUUUAUAUGAUAGAAGAGCAUUAGAUGUAACAUCAGAUAAACCUUUAGUAAAUUCAUUAAAUUAUUUAACUUAUUUAGUUAGUUCAUCAGCAAAAGUAAGAGAAACUUUAUCUAUUGAUGGUGGUAUAGAAAGAUUAAUUGAAAUUUUACAUGAAUGUCAUAAUUUUAAAAAAUUUAUUAAUGAUAAUGAUGAAAAACAAAUUUUAAUUGCAUGGAAAUGGACUUUAGCUUUUCAAUGUCUUGUAUUGAUUGGUACUAGAGGAACUGAAAAAAUUAGACAAAAAGUUGUAAAAGCUGGAAUUUUACCUAUUAUUGCAACUGUUUUAGAUAAUUAUAUUUCAUUACAUGAAAGAUCAUUUUUACAUAAUAAUAAUAAUAAUACUAAUAAUAAUGGUGUGUUGGGAUGUAAUAAUAAUAAUAAUCAUUCAAAUUCAAAUUUAAAUCUUAAUCUAAAUCAAGGGAAUGAACAAGAUGAACAACAAUUAUUUCUUAAUACUGUGAAUGAUAUUGUAAAUCCAUUUCAUUCACAUUUUCAAAAUCAAUUUCAAAAUCAAAUAUCUCAAAAUGAACAAAUAAUUAAUAAUGGUAAUGGAUUAAGAUAUAUAAGUCCAACAAAUAUAAAUUCAGAUCAAACACUAGUGAAUCAAAACGUUUUUCAACAACAACAACAAGAACAAUCUGAAAAUCCAAUAUAUAGUAAUACAAGAUUAAAUACAAAUGAUGAAGAUGAAGUUGAAGAAGCAAUAAUUGAUGGGAAUUUUUUAAACAUGAAUAUAAAUAAUAAUCAAGAUAAUAAUAACACUACUACCAAUAAUAAUAAUGGGAAUAAUAAUUAUUAUUCUCAAUUCUCAGCAGCUGCAGCAGCAUUUGAAGCAACUUCUAUUUCAACUAAUCAAUCAAAUUUAUUAAUGGAUCAAUUUAUAUCACUAAAAGAUAUUGAUUUACAAGAUAUUGAAAAUUCAAGUAUUGAACAUUUAAUACAACUACUCAAAUUAUCAAAAUAUGAAAAUAAUGAAUUUGCAAAUGAUGAAAAUAAUAUAUUGAAUACAUCAAUUGAAUUAGAUAUUAAAAGAAAUUUUAUAACUUUAAACCUUUUGGAAAAAUUAAAAGAAAUAAAAGAAACUGAAUCUUUUAGCGAUAAUCAAAAUUAUUCAAUUAAUUAUGAAGAAAAUUAUAAUGAUACAGAAUAUGAUAUGGAUAGUAAUUUACAAUUUUUAUCAGAUUUAUAUCAAAGAAAUUUAGAUAUUAAUGGUAAAAACAAUUCGAGUAAUAAAUUAGCUGUUAGAUCAUUUACUAAAACUGGAGUCGUUAUUCCAAAAGAUGAUGAUAUAGUUUGGUCAUUACAAUUAUUAGCAUAUAUUUCUAAAUAUCCAUACCUCAAGGAUAUUUUACAAAAUACUCAUUUAAUUCUUAAUAUGAGUAUAAGAGAUAAACAAAUUAAAUUAUAUAUUGAAAAUCAAUUAAAAUUAUCAAAUAAUAAUUCCAUUACUACCACCAACACUACCAAAUCUUCAAGAAAUUCAAGUAUAUCAACAACAACCAAGAAAUACCCCAAGAGGGAAACAAUAAUUCCGAAAUCAAGGAAAAAAAAAUUAAAAACUACAUUUUUAGAAAGAUUUAAUCCAAGUGCAUCAAAUUCUCCACAAAUGAUUACUUCAUUAAAUGAUGAUGAUGAUAAUUUAAUUUUAAAAGAUGAUAAAUUUAAUUUAUGUAAUAAUCAUCAAAAUUUAGAAAAUGGACAAGUUAAUUUAAAUGAAGGUGAUGAAAUUGAAGAAAAUGCAGAAGUGGAAGAUGACGAUGAAGAUGAAGAAGAUGAUGAAGAAGAAGAUGAUGAUGAAGACGAAGAAGAUCCAGAAGAUGAAGAAGAAGAAGAUUUAGAAGAAAGUUUAUCAAAUUCAAGUGAAGAUGAUUCAACAAUAAAAGAUUCAAAUCCAAAAGAUAAUUACCUAAAGCAUUUUUAUAACUCAAUACAAGAAAUAAAUAAAAUUGAAAAUGCACUACUCAAGAAAAUUAAAUAUAAUCAAUUAAAUUUAAAAUUAAAUAAUUUUAUUGAAUUUGAAUUUAAAAAAUUAUCAAUUUUAAUUAUCCAAAAACGUCAACAAUAUAAAACUCACCUAAAAACCAAAUGGAAUUAUGAAAAUUAUAAAAAUUUCGAUAUAGAUGAUAUAUCAUCAACUACAUCAUCCACAUCAUCAACUACAUCAUCACCAACUUUCACCACCACCACCCAAGAUUUAGAUUCAUCACUUUUUGAAAUUCAAAAAUUAAACCUUUUCCCACUAGUUGAAAAUUUUACAUUUUUAUCAGGUACAGAUAUGUAUUAUUGGUCAGGUGUUAUAAUGAGAAAUUCAUGUAGAAGAAAUGAUUUAAAAGGUGGAAUUCGUCAAUGUGGAAAUUUAAAAUGUUCGAAAUGGGAAACUUAUCCAAGAGAAUUUAGUAAAUGUCGUCGUUGUAAAAGAACAAAAUAUUGUUCAAGAGAUUGUCAAAUGAAAGCUUGGCAUUGUCAUCGAAAUUGGUGUAUUCCUUCAAGUUCAAGUUCUUCAAGUACUAUUACUAAUAAUACUGUGAAUACUAAUACAAUGACUAAUACUACUACUAAUAAUAAUAAUAAUAAUAAUAAUGAUAAUCUUGGAGGUAAUAAUAAUAAUAAUACUAAUGGUUGA